AACUGAAGAAGUAUAAUUUAAACCUGGAUAUCUAUGGUAGCUGUGGAUCGCUCAAAUGCUCGCGUGAUGACGAAGAAGAAUGCAACAAAAUGAUUGAGAGAGAUUACUACUUCUAUCUUUCGUUUGAAAACUCUUUCUCCCAAGAUUACGUGACGGAAAAGUUGUUGUACCCGUUACAGAACUUGGCUUUGCCUAUUGUCUAUGGAGGAGCUAAUUAUUCCAGGUUCAUGCCCGAUGGGAUAUACCUGAACGCUCGGGAACUAGAGCCUAAACAGCUAGUGAAAAAAAUGGUCGAAUUGUUAAAAAAUCCCGGGAAAUAUGAAGAAUAUUUUCGAUGGCGCAACCAUUACUCGUAUCACAGAAGAUCUGAAAGCGUUGAAACGGAUGACUACUGUGGUUUCUGCGCUAUACUAAACGACGAAGAUGCAUUGACAAGAACUACCAUUUACAAGAAUUUCGGACAAUGGUGGGACCCACCGGGUAGAUGUGAAUAAAGGUACAAAUUGGAACCGAGUGACACGCCACAACUGCAGACGUCGUGUUGUCGCGACACUACUUGUUUCUAUGUACCUAUUUCUACGCCUUGGCUAAAGGGCCAGGUGCCUUACUCCCAAAAUUGAUUCCAUUUACGACUCUGAUUCAAUGUCGAUUUUGAUUCAGCGUCGAUCGUGAUCCGUACUCCUUGAAACUUGAAUCAAAAUCGGCUUUCAGAUUCAUUGAAUUGUUAUUUUGCAUUGUUAUCGCAAACGCGCUGAAAUGUUAUGGUGAAAUAAAAUUUGAAUUUAUUAAGUGGUUUGGAAUUAUGGCGCUCUUUCAAUAAACUCUGAUGAAUGUUUUACCUCCCAACAACCAGAUUUAAGCCAAAUUUGAGACGGUUUUUACUUUUUAAUUUAUCGUAUAAUACUGGAUCAACUACUCCAUUUAUCAGCGGAGUAAAAAUUCUUGGAGAAUAAUUAACCGAGUCUCAAGUUAUUAGGUGCGAUGAUGAUGACACAUUUAUGUUCAGAAAACACUAUUGAUAAGCACCAGAUUAUCGCACAUAUCCGAUAAGAUUAUUUUUAUUUAACCGGCAGUGCCGCGGCCGACAUCGGUGGGAUGUGUUUCGUUCAAAAUGACGUUCCUCAUUAGGGCAUUUUUCUUCCUAUCGGUGGUCUCUUUGCUUAUAUUUAUUUAUAUAUCCGUCCGUGAUCUACAAGGCAGCAGCGAAUUUGAACGAACCAAAGUAUUCGAAAUCGAGCAGACGUUGAAGGCGUUCCUAAAAAAUGCGAGCAAUUCUAACACCACCGCGCCCAAGAUGAAGUAUAUUCUCCAAUGGACUUCGGCGAAGGACUUUCCCUUUGUGUACAUGGGUCGAGGACAACAGGGCUUCAUCAAAAAGAACUGUACGUAUACGAACUGCUACGUUACCGAGGAUCGAUCGUUUUUGGGUGAUUACACGAAGUUCGACGUCAUCGCAUUCUCCGGGCCGCAAGUCGUUGGUAUGAACCCCAGUCUGCUACCGAACAGAAGGUCGCCGCAUCAGAAAUUCACGUUCGCCAGCAUCGAAUCUGCAGACAAUUAUCCGGUGUGCUCGAAGAAAUUUAACGGAUUUUUCAACUGGACGUGGACGUACCGGCUCGAUUCCGAGGCGAAAUGGGGUUACAUCGUAGUGAGGGAUUCGGAGAAUAGAAUUAUAGGCCCAAAAGUGAACAUUAGCUGGAUCAAGCUCGAAGACAUGACGCCUACUCCGGACGAGGUGAAGGAAAAAUUGAAGACAAAAACGAAAGCCGCGGCGUGGUUCGUCUCGAAUUGUUACUCCAAAAGUCACAGGGAGACGUUCGUCAAAGAUCUACAGACUGAGCUUAAAAAAUAUAACCUCUACGUUGAUAUUUACGGGUCGUGUGGUCCCCUCUCCUGUCCGAGGAACAAACCGGAGCAGUGUAACAAGAUGAUAGAGAAGGACUACUAUUUCUAUCUCUCUUUUGAGAAUUCCUUCGCUGAGGAUUAUGUGACUGAGAAGCUGUUGUAUCCGUUGAAGAAUUACGCUGUGCCGAUUGUAUACGGUGGUGCAAAUUACACAAGGUUUAUGCCUGAUGGAAUUUAUUUAAAUGCGAGGGAGCUAGGCGCAGAAAAGUUGGCGAAGAAGAUGGACGAACUUAUAAAGAAUCCUGAUGAAUAUUCUGAAUACUUUCGAUGGCGAAACCACUACUCCUACUACAGAAGAAUAGAGAGUAUAGAGACAGAUGACUACUGUAGGUUCUGUUCGAUAUUAAACGAAGAAGAAACGGUAAAGAAGACGACGAUAUACCAGAAUUUCAAAGACUGGUGGGAUCCUCCAUCGAGGUGUUAAAAAGAUCUCAUAUUUUUGUAGUUUUAUGA